AUUGAGACGUACCCACUACAUCACGUGCUUGAGAAGGAGGGGCGGAAGUGAGAACUCCUAUCUUCCUGUUCCGUCCUAUGGUACCGUCCCUUGCUGUUCACCCUUCCACUGAUAUUCUACACCAAUCGAAGCUGGCGCUGCUGUGGACAGCGAUGGAUUGCAGUGGAGCCAGUGAGCAGUCUGGACGAAGUAGGAGACCUGGUCAGCCCUUUGGGAACCCCAUUGCGAUCACGGGACAAGCCGCACAGAGUGGUCAGAGGUCCCAUGUUAAGAUAACUCCCUUCCACAGCUCACCCAUACUCAACAGCAAUAAUGCUGUCGCCAGCAAAGGGCCAGGAGCCGCUUCUGGGAGACAGCUGGCAGCUCCAGUGGGACAGUUUCUGGACACACUCGGAAGUCUCACUGUCAGAGGGAGACUCUCUUCUCCCGGAAGCCACGAGCAACCAACUCCCAGUUCAGGAUCUAUGAUGACCUCGCCUGGAGAAAAUACACACCCUCCUGCCAGGAAAACAACAAAGUCCAGAGCAGAGCGUCGUCCCGGCCGUGUGGACAAGGACACUAGAGCGGUCUCCACCCUCACCUCUAUCAAGCCUCCGUCCGCUGUGAAGAGAAGAAAGCGGAAGAUGGGAAUAUACAACCUGGUGCCGAAGAAGAAAGCCAAGGCCCUUAAACAGCAGGAGAAGAAAGAGGAACCAGGAGCCACUGUAGAGCAGAACAGAGCUGUCGUAGAUGGGAAAUCAGGGAUUCUACCAGAGUCUCAGAAGGCAGGAGAUCAGAUGGCUGUGAAGAAUAUAUCGAUGUUGGAGGUGGAACCAGGAGUAGACUGCCAUGUUGAGUACACAGAACUGGCCUUGGACUGUCUGAAUCUGAAAGCCCAGCAAGAGCUGCUCUCACCCCCCUUGACAGGUGUAGUAGCAGAUGCUGAGGUGACAGAAACCGACCUGGCUGAGGAGUUGCCACUAUGCUGCUGUCGUCUGGAGACUCCUCACAGCAGAGGCAAUGUGUCCUCUCUAGAUCAGAGUUGCAUGGCUAUGGAGAGCACUGAUGGAACGCUGGUUCGUUGCCAGAGGCGAGUCACGAAGCAGGAAAUGAUGCGACCCUCUAACACGGUGCAUCUUCUGGUUCUGUGUGAGGAGCACCGUGCAGGCAUGGUGAAGCACCACUGCUGCCCCGGCUGUGGACUCUUCUGCAGGGCGGGCACCUUCAUGGAGUGCAGGCCGUACGGCAACAUCUCCCAUCGAUUUCACCGUGACUGCGCUUCUAUUUUGAGGGAUCUCAGGUUUUGCCCUCACUGCGGAGAAGAUGCCAGCGGUGCGAAGGAGGUCACGGUGUCUAGGGCCGACCCGUCUCCCUCUGUACCCAGAUCAAACCCUGGGCCCACAGUCUCUGCUGUAGCCACUCUGCCAUCAGUACCAACCAUGCCUGCUGUUCCACAGAUACUCAGAGCUAAGAAGACCAGCGAGCCCCAGAGGGGCAGGGAUGAGAGCCGGAGCAGUGUAAACAAUGCAGCCAUGUCUGUUGCAAACAGACAACCUAAAGAGUCCCUGGAGAGUAUUCUGAUGGCCCUGGAUGAUGAGAACCUGAAACCAAAGAAAGUGAAGUACCCCCCCCGACAGCUGUACAUCUCUGCGAAAGAAGGAGAGCUCCAGAAGGUCGUUCAUCUCCUAGUUGAUGGAAAGGACCCCAACUUUCUGAUGGAGGGCCAAAACAAAGGCACCCCUCUGCACGCAGCUGCUGCUGAGGGUCACCAGGAGAUCUGCCACAUGCUGGUCCAGGCUGGCGCCAACCUGGAAAUGUUUGAUGAGCAGCAGAGGACCCCGCUGAUGGCGGCCUGUGAGAACAGCAAUGUGGACACAGUGAAGUACCUGCUGAGGGCUGGAGCCUCUGUGGGCCAUAAGGAUAUCAUUGGUUUCACCUGUCUCCAUCUGGCUGCUAAACUGGGGCAUUGUGACAUUGUCCAUCAUCUACUCUCCAAAGCAUCCAAAUACAUCAACUGUCAGGACGAUGGGGGAUGGACUCCGAUCACAUGGGCCAUUGAGUACAAACACAAGGAGCUGGUCCACCUGCUGCUAGCUAAAGGGGCCGAUGUUAACCUCAGAGACAAGGAGGAGAAUGUGUGCCUACACUGGGCAGCCCUUACAGGAUGUGAUGACAUCGCCCUGGCUCUGCUGGAGGCCCAAUGUGACCUUAAUGCUGUCAACGUACACGGGGACUCUGCGCUUCAUGUUGCUUCCAGAGAAAACCACUUGGAGUGUGUGAUUUUGUUUCUGUCUCGUGGAGCUGACAUCAAUCAGAAGAACAAGGAGGGCGAGACUGCUUUAGACUGCUGCGCCUUUGGCUCCAAGGUGUGGAUGGCCCUGAACACCAACAAGAAGCUGACUGAUGCCACCAGAGGCCGGGACGGUCCCAGAGAGAGGCUGCUCAGCAGGGAUAUCUCUCGGGGGUACGAGGCAAUUCCUAUUACCUGUGUUAAUGACAUCGACAACGAGCCAAUCCCUGUCAACUUUAAAUACAUCCCUGACAACUGUGUCACCUCCCCCCUGAACAUUGACAGGGACAUCACUCAUUUACAGCACUGCAGCUGUAGAGAGAACUGCUCAUCCAGUACCUGCAUGUGUGGCCAGCUCAGCCUGCGAUGCUGGUAUGACAGUGAGGGUCGACUGCCUCUGGACUUCUGUCAGAGGGAGCCACCGGUGCUGUUUGAGUGUAACCAUGCCUGCUCCUGUUGGAGAACUUGCAGGAAUCGAGUGGUCCAGAACGGACUGAGAGCCCGGCUGCAGCUCUUCAGGACACAGACGAUGGGCUGGGGAGUGAGGGCCAUGCAGGACAUUCCUCAGGGAACAUUCAUUUGCGAGUAUGUCGGGGAGAUCAUCACUGAUGCAGAGGCCAAUAAAAGGGAGAAUGACUCUUUCCUCUUCACCCUCGACAAUAAGGUGGGAGACGUUCAUUGCAUUGAUGCGAGACUCUUUGGCAACGUUGGCCGUUUCAUCAACCAUCUGUGCGAGCCCAACCUGUUGGCUGUGAGGGUGUUCACCAUGCACCAGGAUCUCCGCUUCCCCAAGAUAGCCUUCUUCUCCAGCAGGCCUAUCAAAGCUGGAGACCAGAUAGGGUUUGACUAUGGCGAUCACUACUGGAGGGUGAAGAGCAAGUACUUCAGCUGCCAGUGUGGGUCCCUCAAGUGUCGCCAAUCAGCCGGAAGCAGAUAGAAAUUCACCGAUCCGAAACAUUGUCCUCUGAUUUAGAUGCCACACAACCGUGAUGCUUUGAUUAUACGCAUACCAAUUGGAUUUCCUUGAUUUUUAAAGCAACUUUCACAAGAUCUGUCAUCUCACCGCACAGGAUCUCAUAGACCAAAUGAGGUCAUGUUUUAUAUGAAGGACUUUGUCGCUCAGUGGUCCCCAACCACCGUGUUGGUGCCGGGCCACACCACAGAAAAAAUAAAUAACUUGUUUUUUUGUAAUUGACUUGCUGCACGGAAGUUCCCCCCACCAGCGGACAAAGAGUACGGGACUAAACACCCUCCCCUCCCAUCGGUCGGUCGGUUCGGAACGACUACUUCAACCGCCUUGUUGGCCGGUUAUUUUGUUGUGUUUAUCCACUACACCUUCAAGACCAGUCCGCAAAAUAUUGUCUAACAUGAGACCGGUCUGUGAGGUAAAAAAGGUUCAGGACAGCUGCUGUAGCUCACCACCAGAUGACAGAUUGGUUCAAUUAUAUCUAACUUCAUGGGCUCUUCCUUUUAAUAAUGCAGAUUGUAACAUUUGUGGAUAUUCAAAGUGAAGUAAUGUUCUUGUAGUUUAUCUUCUAUAAACACACAUUUUUAAUUGGCAAUUAAACACACUUGACAGCAGUUUUCAUCUUAUUUGUUUUGAAUUAAUUAGCUUUAGUUGUCCGCAGAAAGUAAAGACAGAAAAUAGAGACAGCACGUAGCUUUCUUGAGACAGACCUUUGCUCGCAAAUGUUUGAUUUGCGCUCUUAGAUUUUGACAUUUUCUUUCAUAAUCUCCACCUACGGUGGGCAAAUAACUGAGAUUAGACAAAUGUAUAAUUAGAUAUUGUUCUAGGAGUUCCAGCAAAUUCGAUUUGUAAAAUUGACAAAUCCAAUUGCGGCUCCAUAAUUUUUUUGCAUUGCUCGUCUUAACAUAGUGACGCAAAGGAAACCUUCCAGCUCCUUCCAUGUCAAUGUGUUCAUAGAUUAACUCUAGGUCGACCAUACGCCUGUUUAAUCACUAGGGUUAUUUUAACCAAUUGUAACCGUACCAAAUGAUCACGUUAGAAUGACAUUUUCCUUUCAAUCAUACAGCGUUUUUAAAUAAAAUAAUUGCAUUGCCUUUUUACCAUUGUUUUUCUUAUGAUACCAGAGAAUGCGUUGUCUGUUAGUUUCUCAAAUAUUUCCAUUGUUUUUCCGCUACAUGUUUUUUUGUUUUUAACCUUUGCAAAUGAAUACAUGUAACUUAACCAAAUGGUUCGCCAUAAGGUAUAAUUGUAUUUUAAUUGUACUCAGCUUGAUGCAUAAAUUGAUUUAUUUUCAUAAAUAAAUUGAUUUUUUUUAAAUGUG